AUGAGCAAAAGAAAGGGUCGAGGAUCGGAAAUGAGCCCUCCUCCAUCACCAGAAAAUGUCAAAUCAUCGCCACCUGAUUUGCCGGAGUUACUGUCUUCAUCUUCAUCUUCGUCUUCGUCUUUGUCUUCGAAAUCAUAUUCGUCAAAGAUGAUUGCUGAUGAGGUAACUUCAAUGGCUACUAAACAAGAUGAUAACGAGGAGGAGUAUGCAAAAGCAGUUACAAAAGAGAUGGUUCUUGUUGGCUGUCCUAAAUGCUACAUGUAUGUUAUGUCAUCAGAGGAUGAACCAAAGUGCCCCAAGUGUAAGACUACUGUAUUUCUUGAUCUUUUUGGAGAUGAAGAUUGA